AUGUCGCAAGCAGCCGAAGAGUGCAAGCACCCGGUGCAGCUCUUUGGCAUGUGCGCCGUUUGCGGCCAGCCUGUCGACGCCGAUUCGGAAGAGUCUGCCUCGCUCUCCGUCAUGCACUCGAGCGCCGCCGUCAAAGUAUCUGCCGAGGAAGCGCAACGUCUCGACUCCGAGUCCACCAACCACCUGCUCUCGCAACGCAAACUCGCCCUCAUCGUCGAUCUCGAUCAGACUGUCAUUCAUGCCACCGUCGAUCCAACCGUAGGCGAAUGGAUGCGCGACGAGUCCAAUCCCAACUACGAAGCGCUCAAGUCUGUCGGCAGAUUCCGCCUGGGAAUCGAUGGUGAAGAGAUCAAGGACGAAGACGACGAGUCGGCGCCCAAGGAUUCUGCCGCAGCAUUGAGGGCGUCGAGAGCGUGUUGGUACUAUGUCAAACCACGUCCCGGCGUACCGAAGGUGCUGAAACAGCUUUCGGAGAAGUACCAGCUGCACGUCUAUACUAUGGGUACGAGGUCGUACGCCAAUUGCGUGUGCAAACUCAUCGACCCGGACGCGUCCAUCUUUGGCAACCGAAUCUUGUCCAGAGACGAGAACGGUAGUCUCGUACGCAAGAGCCUCAGCAGGCUCUUCCCCGUCGACCACAGCAUGGUCGUCAUCAUCGACGACCGAGAAGACGUCUGGAGCCGCAGUCCCAACCUGCUACCCGUGCUGCCUUACGAGUUCUUUGUCGGUAUCGGUGAUAUCAACGCGACUUUCUUGCCCUCUCCACCACCACCACCCGGUACGUUGCCAGAGACGGUCGCGUCGACGUUAGCCUCCAAGCCUGACGAGGCGACGGAUGCUGUCUCUUCAUCAGCAUCCUCAUCUGGCUCGGAUGCAGGUCCAAGCAACGGCAGCAGCAUUCCAGCUACUACACCCGAGAAUGUUGUUGAAGAAGCAGUGCAGAAGGCGGCAGCAGAAGGACGCACAGAGGAGGAACUGCAAGCGGUUCGUCAAGCUGCGGAGCAUUUUGCAGCGCAAACGGAAAAAUUGCAAAGCAAGCUUGCUGAACAGCGAGAAGCGAGACCACUGGCCAAGAUGCAAGAAGCGUUGGAUGAGAAGCUGGGAAAGCAUAGCAAUGGCGCGUCGCGGUCGGGGACUGCUACGCCCAAUGGCAGUGGCGAAGGCGUGGGUGCUCAGGUGACGGGUUUGGACAGCACCAGCAGUGAUGGCAGCGAGACCCCUCCUGGUGAACCGGGUAGUGACAGCAGCCAAGCAGCGCCAGCGCCAGAGGACAAGCCAGAGUCUGCACUUGGCAGCAGCAGCAGUGCUGCGAAUCUUCCGCCUUUGCCACCACCUCCUCCGCCUCUGCCGCCACAUCGCUCGCACGCCGUGCUCGUCGACGACGACAACGAACUCGACCGCGUCCAGUCCAUCCUCGACGACCUGCACACCCAGUGGUACGCCAAGUACGAUGCCAUGCAAGCGCACCCCAAACCACAAGCCGCAUCCGACCCGACCGUUCAAAAGCCGUCUGUCGUCGACCUCAUCGGAAGCAAGAAAGCAGACGUGCUCAAAGGCUGCACCAUCGUUUUCUCAAGCAUGAUCCCCUUCGGCCACGAUGUUGAGAAGUCGGACCUGUGGGCCAUGGCUAGGGAGUUUGGCGCCACGCCAUCGUCCGAGAUCGAAGCAGGCGUCACGACGCACGUCGUCGCCGCGAGACCCGGGACGGCCAAGGUGCAUCAGGCUCUGAGGUUGGCGCAGAAGGGUAGCCAAGGGGAAAGUGGCAGGUUGGAGGUGGUCUGGCCAAGCUGGUUCCACGUCUCGGCGUCGCGGUGGUCCAGGCAGGACGAGGCGCUGUAUCGAAUUUCGGCUUCGGAGAACACGCUGGCGUCGGCUACCGCUGCAGCGGAAGCAGCCACGGUCAAAGAUGCUAAAGCUGAAGCCCAGAGCAACGGCGAAAGCACUACGGCAGAAGUGGCCAUAGCAGCAAUCAGUGACUCUGCAGAGAAAGCGGACGAGGAGGGCGAAACGCUCUUCGAAAGCGAGCUCAACGACAUGGACUGGGGCGCAGCGGCUGACGAGGUCGACGCGUAUCUCGACUCGGCCACCACGGCGAGCAACAGUCCUUCCCCUUCGCCAUCGAUGCUUGCCGCCGACACGGAUUUGCCGGAUGUUGACGAUGAAGGCGCAUUGAGCAGCGAUGUAGGCAGUCGAAAACGCGCGCGUGCAGAUGAGGCGGAUGAUGCGGAUACGAGCAAGAAACACCGUUCCGAUGCGCCUGCUGUGGAUGAAGACGAGGAGGACGACGACGACGACGAUGGUGGCGAUUCGUUCCUCGACGAUCUAGCGGAAGAGUUGGAUGGACAACUGGAUGACGAAUGA